AUAAGGCGGUCAGCUUUAUUAAGAUAAUAAACGAUACGUGUUGUUAUGUGCUUAAUGUUGGACCUGCUGCACUUGUUACACAUAUUUUUUAUUGGGCACAGUGAUUUUCUCAAGUAAUGCAGCACCCAAACUGAUUUACAGUUAAGUUUGUUACACGACUCACACUCCCUUCUUGUCAGCGCCUGUGUACAGACGCUUGUGUGGACAAAAUUCAGGAUGUCGUAGAUGGCGUUUCAGAAGUUACGAUAAAACAUGGCAGAAUUGGGCGAAAGUCCAACAUAGUACGCUACAAUGUGAUUACUGUAGUGCCCAUAAUGGGUGCAAACAUUUCGCAGCUAGAACGAGAUAUUGGAUCAGAUCAGUUCCCACCGAAUGAACACUACUUCGGAUUGGUUAAUUUUGGCAAUACUUGCUACAGCAAUUCUGUUUUACAAGCAUUGUAUUUCUGCAAGCCAUUUAGGGACAAAGUUUUAGAAUACAAAGCAAAGAACAAAAGGACCAAGGAAACCCUUCUGACAUGUCUAGCUGAUUUAUUCUACAGUAUCGCCACUCAGAAGAAAAAAGUGGGUUCUAUUGCACCAAAGAAAUUUAUUGCUAGGUUGAGGAAAGAAAAAGAAGAGUUUGACAACUACAUGCAACAAGAUGCUCAUGAAUUUCUCAAUUUCCUCAUAAAUCACAUAAAUGAAAUUAUUUUAGAGCGUCACCAGAGUAGUAACAAGCCAAAGACAGGAGGAAAUGGAGAGACACCUUCAUCUCAGCAAGAACCAACUUGGGUUCAUGAAAUUUUCCAGGGUAUUCUUACAAGUGAAACAAGAUGUUUAAACUGUGAAACAGUCAGCAGUAAAGAUGAAGACUUUUUUGAUCUUCAGGUUGAUGUGGAUCAGAACACCAGUAUAACUCAUUGUCUGAAGUGUUUUAGUAACACUGAAACGUUAUGUAGUGAUAACAAAUUCAAAUGUGAUAAUUGCAGUAGCUAUCAAGAAGCUCAGAAACGAAUGCGUGUUAAGAAGUUACCAAUGAUAUUGGCUCUUCAUCUCAAAAGAUUCAAAUAUAUGGAGCAAUAUAACAGGCACAUAAAGGUUUCUCACAGAGUUGUGUUCCCUCUUGAACUACGGUUAUUUAAUACGUCAGAUGAUGCUGUGAAUCCUGAUCGUCUGUAUGAUCUGGUUGCUGUUGUUAUUCACUGUGGAAGUGGUCCAAACAGAGGCCAUUACAUUAGCAUUGUUAAAAGCCAUGGAUUCUGGUUACUGUUUGAUGAUGACAUGGUUGAUAAAAUUGAUGCAUCCACAAUUGAAGACUUUUAUGGUCUAACAUCAGACAUUCAGAAGUCUUCCGAAACUGGUUACAUUUUGUUUUACCAGUCAAGAGACUGUAUGUAGUGUUUGCUGUGAUUGUACAUAUCUCAAUGAAACAGCCAUUAGCAUUUAAAACAAUAAUUUAUUUUAUUUUAUUGGCCUGUAUAUGGUGAUGUAAUUAGUAUUUUCGUCAGAAUUAACUAUGCAGAAUAAUGAAAUUGUAUUAAAACACUUAUGUACAAACUGUGGUCAGAAGUAAUAUCUGGCACAUUUGCAAUUUUGUGGUACUUUUUAAAACUGCAACUGUUUGAAGAAAUUAAAACUAUACUGCACAUUUGUUGUAUUUGUGGUUGCAGAUAAGAAACACUUUCAUCAAUGCAUUCAACAGCAUGUAAAACAAAUUUAUGCAUAGGAUGCAUUGUGAUGUAUAUAUGUUCUGUUUUUAAUAAAUU